CGUCCGUCCGUCAACCGCAGCAGCAGCAGCAGCACAGCCAGAGCAACCGUGGAGAAGACAAGUUCGUAGCUCUUUUCCGUUCAAAAUCGCAUCGCCGUCGUCGCCGUCGCCGGUGGCCGCCAUCGAAGAAAAAAGAAAACCAGGGGAAAAAAGUCCGCACUGACGGGUUUUUCACGCAGGAAAAGCCGCCGGAAAUUGUGUCCCCCGUGAGUCAGCGUUUUUUGUGACUGACUUUUUGAAAAAGUUGUACCAGUUUUUCCGUUCGUCCGUCCGUCAGUUCGUUUACCUGCCGCGGCCUCCUUCGGGUUUUUUUUUUCUGUGUGUGGAUCUGCCGGCGCCGCCUGCUGCUGCAGCAUUCCGGAUCGAUUUUCGACUUUCGAGGAGGAAAACCGGAGAGAAAAAGGAAAAAAGCCAGAAGGACAUCGGGAAAAGGAAUAAAAAGUCGUCGCCCAGUUCGACAUUUUAUAUUUUCCUGCUUCCCAAGUGGCUUCCAGUGUGCGUUACGUUUUUAUUCCCUUUUAAUUUCACACACACACUUUCCCGAAACCGACCGUCACCGGAAAACCCGGACCAGCUCUAAUGUCAGAACCUCAGUCAUCGUUGCUGCUGAAGAAACAGUUGGCAGAAUUGAGCAAAAACCCCGUUGAAGGCUUUUCGGCGGGCCUUAUUGACGACAAUGACAUCUUCAGAUGGGAAGUACUUAUCAUCGGACCACCAGACACCCUCUACGAGGGUGGCUUCUUCAAGGCACAUCUGCACUUCCCGAAGGAGUACCCGCUGCGGCCGCCGCGCAUGAAGUUCGUCACAGAGAUCUGGCACCCGAACAUUGACCGCAACGGAGACGUGUGCAUCAGCAUCCUGCACGAGCCCGGCGAUGACAAGUGGGGCUACGAGAAGGCUUCCGAGCGCUGGCUGCCGGUCCACACCGUCGAGACGAUCCUGAUCUCGGUGAUCUCGAUGCUGGCCGACCCGAACGACGAGUCGCCCGCGAACGUGGACGCGGCCAAGGAGUGGCGGGAGGCGUACCCGGAGUUCAAGCGGAAAGUGGCCCGGUGUGUUCGGAAGAGUCAGGAGGAGUGUUAGUAGGAUUUUUUUUAAAUGUCUUAUAUUUAUUAAUUAAUUAAUUAUUACUAUAAUAAUGAUGAUAUGGUGAUGAUAAUGAUGAGAUAAGGCAGAACGCGCGCGCGCGCGAUGCGAUGAUGAUUGAGCUCUGAUUGGUUCUCCCUCCUCAGAAGUGACAUGAAAACCCGCGAGAAGCAGCAGCAGAAAAGAGGACACACACGAUGACGGCUAGGCUUUUGAUUGGUCUUUUUUUCUCUCUCCUGAGGACGUUGUAAUUGCAAUAUUUCAUCGGACAUUAUAAAUCAUUCGACAUCCAAAAGACUCCUUCUUUUUUUUUGCAACACAAUCCCAGACCACGAACAUGCGCGCGCAUUUCUUCAAAGUGACUGUCAAACCAGUUUUCCCGAUUUUUUAACCUACAAUUCAGACUUGUAGCUGUUUAGUUUAAAGUUUGCUGAAAAUAAAGUCAAACUGAUUAAUCUAAGUCCCAAAUCCGAAUGUUUGUUUUCCAUCAACAACGGCUGACUGAGCAAAAUUGAUUAAGAACGGUUCCAGAAGCCAGCAAAAACAGAUGUUUGGCAUUGCGCGCGCAUCCAGCUUCAACAGGUGGUUCAUCAUCUCUCCUUUUUUAACAAUUUGUGCCGUUGUGGGAAUGAAGAAAGCUUGGAAUGAAACUGUUCUGGGGGAUAACAUUUGAAGAUGAACGCAACACCACACUCAGGAACUUAAUCACACUCACACAACAAACAAUCGCGUUAUAAAAACAAGGAAAUAUCUGCAAAUUUGUGAGAAAUGAAGAAGUGCCCACGAAUGACAAUGGAAAGAGUGAAAAAAAAAUAACACACAGAUAAGACGGAGCCAUCUGCCAAAACUAAGAAAACAAAAUAAAAAAAUCUGCUCAUUUGAAUUCAGCUCUGUUACAGAAUGAUAACGAAGCCAACAACACGCGAACAUUGCAAAGCUGAAAUGAGAUUGAUACUAAUUAUAAGUUAAACUAAUUUCUCGUAAGGACUUAUCAGUGCUUCGUUCUGAAUCUUUGAAAAGAGAAAACAGAAACAAAAAUUGCUUUUUUAAAUUACGUUGAAAUCUGAAACUUUUGUGUGAUACUUCUGUUUCCUAAACUGCUAUAAAACCAUAACAAAACCAGAUUCAUAAAUGCAAGCAAGCAAACAAAGGACACACACACACAGACAGACAAAUGUAAAUAGUGCAGUUUCCGCAGCCAGGCAAGAAACGCGUGUAACCAAACCAAACUGAAUUAGUAACAUCUUCCCCCCUUCCCCCUUUCUCUUUCUUGCUACUAUCCUACAGAAAAAUGCAACCAAACGCGAAAUGAGUGCAGCUCCCCGAACACAAACUAUUGUUUUUUCCCGCUUCCGCCAGUUCAGUCAGGAUAAGCCUCUUUUCCUGAUGAUAAGUUUAAGUUGAUAACAAAGAAUGAGGAAAUAAAAAUUAAUAAAAUUACAAAAAAAAACACCGAAAGACUCUGACCGACAAAUGCAAGGAAUAAUUUACUUAGCGCGGUAACAAAAAAAAAAACAACAGCAACACAACAUACACACACACGUAAGCAUACCUAUAAACAGUAAGGAUUAAUGAAAAGCCUAUGCAAAUUUGA